GUUCAAAGGACAAAAAUACGAGAUUAGRGARAAAACUGUGCCUCGUCAUGGCCUUCAUCAAGAGCUGUAGUUUGAUUAUCAUUCUUKKGYUGAUGCCUUGUUAUAUUGAUAUGCUGUCUGCUAAAGAAGAAACAGAAGCCCCGCAUAAGCGCGACAUUGAACACAAACUUCUCCACGAUUUGUUCCUGACGCAAUAUUCCAAGGAAGCAAGACCAGUUUUGAACAAAAGUGAUGUUGUGGAAGUUAAAUUUGAYCUGGCCUACGCACAGCUUAUUAAUCUGAACAGCAAACACCAGAUUCUACAAAGUAAAGUAUGGCUACGACAGAUGUGGGUUAACCCCUUUCUAACAUGGGACCCAAAGAAAUACGGUGGUAUAGAGUCUAUUAAUGUCGACCCAACUUUGAUAUGGAAACCUGACAUCAUUCUAUACAACAACAUCGGGUUUGGAGAGACAGGAGCCAUCUACAAAUUUGACACAAAAGCAAAAAUCAUGCACAAUGGCUACACUGAAUGGUACGCGCCGACUGAAAUCCACAGCAUCUGUAAAAUAGAUAUCACAUUCUUCCCUUUUGACGAGCAAUUCUGCACUUUAAAGUUUGGUUCAUGGACUUACACAGGAUCUCAAUUGAAUUUCACCAAUAAACGAGAUACCGCUGACAUGACAAAGUACACGAUCAGUGGGGAAUGGGACCUAGUUGCAGCUCCAAAUAAACGAAAUGUUAUCAUGUACAGUUGUUGUCCUGAUCCUUUCAUCGACAUCACUUUCACAAUUCACAUYAGACGUAAAGUACUCUUUUAUAUGACAAACUUGAUUGUACCCUGCAUUGUAUUAGCAAUGCUGACUGUUUUCUCCUUUCACCUACCCCCUGAGUCAGGCGAGMGAAUGGGUCUUGUCAUCACCAUCCUGCUUGGUUUAACUGUCUUCAUGCUAGUAUUCACCGAGAAUGUACCGAGGACAUCAGAAGUAAUACCACUGAUCGGGAAGUACGCCUUUACUGUUCUGUGUAUCGUAGCUUUGUCUCUUCUUGUCACGUGCUGCAUACUACGAGUUUACCACAAGGAUCCCGACCGAAAAAUGCCGACUGCUUUCCGAAAACUCAUCUUCGACAUACUCGGCCCCAUGCUCCUUAUGCGCCCGCCCGAGGAAGAAUCCUUUGCGAUGAGAUCAGAAAAAGGAAGGACACUUCUACACCUGACCAAAGCACGUGGUACACCAUACGAGCUGCAUCAUCUCAACCAUCAUUUGAGUAACUUYCCUCUUGGUGGUCUUGAUAAACUAACUGUGAGAUUAGACCAGCCUAGUACACCUACAACACCAGUUCCUAAUGGCAAUGCUUUUAGCUCUGUAUCUUCAAGCAUGUCACAAGACGUCACAGAGGAAAAGCUUGAUGAGUUGAACCACUAUGUUCGUACGAUUGUCGAUCACAUCAAAGAAUCCAAAGAUACCGARGGCAAGGUUGGAGAAUGGAGAUUUGCUGCGGCAGUUUUAGACUGUUUCUUCUUCUGGGUUACUUUGAUCAUUAUUCUUGGAUCGACRUUGGCUUUYUACUUCAUGAUCCCUUACUAAGUCUGUACAGAAAAGCAAGAUCAAAAAGACUUAUCUCAGUUUUGUAUGGACACUCGUUAGUUUUGCUAAUGACUAAGCAGUUCUAAAAGAAAUCGGGUCGAGACAAGAAUUGGUGGUGUUUUUACAGCUUAAUGUAUGAUGGCUUUAAUUUUAUAGCUAAACAAUCAAUAUCGGUUAAUAGUACAGUUUUAUAAUGAAUGGUGAAUACGUAUUUAUAGUCAGUGUAAAACUAUAAGGGUAUACUAUAUAGGAACGAUGAUGGCUUUAAUUUUAUAGCUAAACAGUCAAUAUCAGUUAAUAGUACAGUUUUAUAAUGACGGUGAAUAUGUAUUUAUAGUCAAUGUAAUACUAUAUGGGUUUACUAUAUUAUUUUAUAUCGACUCACAGCAAUUUUGUACAUAGUGGUAAACAUCACAUCAUGUAAUAUUUGGUUCAUUUUAUAGUUUGAUUCAGUGUUUCAGGGGGGUGCAUGAUGUGCGCAUAUCUCCCGCAAUGUCUUUUGUUGGUUUCUUUGAUCUACAUCCYAGCAUGCACUGCAACAMAGCUUUAAGUAAAUCUUAAGAAUAAUCAAUAAAGAUCUGCUUAAUUAUGCGUUUUAA